CGUGCCGGUUCACGCCGCUCCAUGACGCACGCUCAAGUGGACGUCUCUGCUGCGUCACUUGCGCGCCGCCUUGCUUCUGAUGCACUCCUUUUCCCGAAAGCCUAAAGAUAGAUGUUUCGAUUUCAGUCCCUGGAUGAUGACUGUACACUGGAGGAGGAAGAUGAGGGAUUGACAGCAGCGGAAGAAGAAAUAGACCAGUUCAAUGACGACACCUUUGGAGCUGGGGCCAUCGAUGAUGACUGGCAAGAGGAACACAAACGCCUCGCAAACCUUGAUGAGCGGGAUGGGCAAGGAGCCGGUGCUGGAGGAGGAGGAGGAGGAGGAGGAGGAGGAGGAGGAGGAGGAGGAGGAGGAGGGAUGGAGAGGAAAUCAGAUUUAGGAGGAACAGAUGACUCAUCCUCUUCCCAUCUCGCUAUCUCUGCAGGCCAUCAUCCCUUUCCAUCUUCCCUUCCGUCACUCAACUUCUCCUCGUCUUCCUCUGGACUGCCUCCACCAGAUGUAGAGGAUCGAGGAGGGGACGGUGACUUAGCUGAGUCCCUGGCGAGACUCAUCCUGGAGGCAGACCCAGCCAUCGCUGGGGUCGGAGCCACUGAGAGGCCCUGUCCAUCCCUGAGCGCCACAGGAUCCACCCUUAGUACUCACCACAGGUUUGAUCAACCAAGAGUCCUGCCACAGCACUCCAUCCCAAAUCCCACCCACUCACACCAGCCUCCACAUCACCCUCAGCACCAGCUGCCUCCUGGGCCCUCCACCUCAGGCAUCCCCCUUGGUCCUCCUCCAACAUCAAUGCUCAGCUACCAACAGCAGCAGCACUUGCUGCGCAGAGGAUCUGCUCCAAUCGCCCAGAUGAACUCUCACAGUAUCUGGGAGAACAAUAUGGGGUUUGGGCCGGUCAGUGUCACACCAGGACUUGUCACACACAUGGAGGAUAGUCCACUAAUUUCUAUCAUCAAAGAGGUGGGCCUUCCUAAAUUACCUCCUCGGGUUAGGAAUGAUGAAGGACUGGAUUUUUCAGAGAGGGUACCACCACCUCGGUCUUCUUCACCUGUGAUUGGUUCCCCUCCAGUGAGGGCCGUGCCUAUUGGGACCCCGCCCAAACAGCCAAUAAGCCACAAUCUAAAUCAUCAGACGCAUCAUCCCACAGCAGUUCAUGUGAGAGCCCCGGUCCAGCACAGAUACCCUCCUCCUUUCCCUGAGCGUCUGUCACCCAACACCCUCCUCAACAUAGCUAACUCUCCGCUGUGUCGCAGUCCCUUCCCUCCUGGAGUUGGUCCAGUUCUGUCUCAGAUUCAACGGGCCAAGCUGCUCAACUCUCAAGUGGCUGGUUUUGCUCGUGGUGGGCCAGCGCCUCCUUUGUUACCAGGUGGUGGAGUUUUCAGGCCAUUCUUCGGGGGCCCUCCUCCUCCACAUGGUCACCGAAUGGGCCCACUGCCCCCUCAUGGUCCCCCUAACCACACGCCACCCAUCCGCCACAACACCACCCACCUUCACCCUCAGCACAGACGCAUGCUCACCCAGCGCAUGCAAAGCCGAGGAGGGGAUCGUGGCAGGACCGGAGGGGACCGGCACAGCAGGGACCCCUACAGUAAUCUGAUGACUCAGAAGGAGAAAGAGUGGGUAACCAAGAUCCAGAUGAUGCAGCUGCAGAGUACUGACCCUUACCUUGAUGACUACUACUAUCAGGUUAGUUACUCACUUAGGUGUGCCCUUUUAAUGGAGAAAAGAGAGAAGCAGGUUUGGAAUAAGAGGCGACAGAUCCUGUACACUGUAGAGAAGAUGUACAGUUUGCUGCUGGAGGUUCAAGACUUUGAAAAACGUUUUGUCCAGGCCCCAGAGGAGGACAGGGAGGCUCUGCUGGAGCAGCAUAAAACCAACACAGUGCAGCUGUGCAACUCUCUGCGGGAGAAGGAGUGGGAUGAUAGAGUAAGUGACGAGCAAUGUGUGAUGAUCAUGUCAGUGAGGAAGGGCAAACGGCUCAUAUCCAGACUCCUCCCCUUCCUGCCCUCACCCCAGGCCACCGCCAUUGUCAUGGCGAUUGCACGCAACCUUCCUGCCCUGGCCAAGAAGGACAAGCAGGACCAGGUGCUUUGCUGGUUAGUGGAGCCCCUUUCUACCGUGAUCCAAUCACUUUCCAGCUCCGCCAUCACAGACCUGCUCCAGGAGCUUCAAGGCAGUGAGGGCCAACUGGCCACAGUACUGCACAACAAGUUUGGUGUGACACUUCUGUAUCUUAUCCUGAGUGAGGGAGAGAAGAUGCAGAGUUCAGACCCCAACUGUCAACUCAUGGAUGACAAUCGAUGGACUGAGUUGGUAUUUUCUGUGACAAGGGAGCUGCUCAGCGUUCCCUCCUCGUCCCUCUCUCCUCCCCUCGUUACCCCAGCCAACCUGCUCUCCCUCUUCUCACGUUAUGUCGAUCGACAGAGGCUGGAGCUGUUACAGAACAAGUUACAGAUCUCUUCAUUGUCCAGGUAGAAGUUACUACAGACAUCAACUUGAGACCUUCCCCUCCCGAUGCAGACCUUUCUUUUUUUGUGUAAGAGGGGAAUGGUGUGAGUGAUUUGCAAGGUGAAUCCAUUGUGGGUCAUUUUAAUCCAACAGAAUCUCCAGUCGUGUGCGUGUGCGUGUGUGUGUGUGUGAGAGAGACAGCGCAUGAGAUGGCUGAAUGACAAUUAAAAAUUAAGUCUGCAUUUUAAAAUAUCUUGUUUCAAUUAUGCCUGUGAUGAACCUUCAAAUUAAAAGUAUUUCUAUUAUAUAAGAA